GAACACUAUGGCCGAUGGAACUCUCGCAAAGUCACAACCGGAAGUUUCGACAUCGGUAACGUCCUUCACCUUCCCUCUUUCAUCGCGUGGAUUCCGUCAAGAUGAGUAAAAUCAACAGAGACAACUUGCGAGAAUCCAUCGGCACUGUGGUCCAGAAGUCGAAAAGCAAGAAACGCAAGUUUCUGGAAUCUGUGGAACUUCAGAUUUCUUUGAAGAAUUAUGAUCCCCAAAAGGACAAGCGUUUUUCUGGAACCAUCAAGCUACGUCAUGUGCCCCGUCCCAAGAUGAAGGUCUGCAUUCUUGGUGACCAGGUCCACGUUGAUCAAGCAAAGGCUAAUGAAGUACCAUGCAUGGACGCAGACCAGCUGAAGAAGCUGAACAAGGACAAGAAACUGGUCAAGAAAUUGGCAAAGAAGUACGAUGCCUUCCUGGCCUCAGAGUCUCUGAUUAAGCAGAUCCCCAGGAUCUUGGGCCCAGGUCUGAACAAGGCCGGCAAGUUCCCCUCUGCUCUCACUCACCAGGAGUCCAUCCCCUCCAAACUGGAUGAGGUCCGCUCCACCAUCAAGUUCCAAAUGAAGAAGGUUCUGUGUUUGUCCGUGUGUAUUGGCCACGUGAGCAUGUCGGAGGAAGAGCUGUACACCAACAUCAACUUGGCCGUCAACUUCCUGGUGUCCCUUCUCAAGAAGAACUGGCAGAACGUCCGCGCUCUCUACAUCAAGAGUACAAUGGGACCUUCCUUCAGAAUCUACUAAACGUGUAUAUUUGACUCUAAUAAAGUCACUGAGGGAAAAAAA